AUGUCAAGGGUGUUGACGGUGGGGAAAAACGGCGGGGCUAGUUACCGGAGCAUACAAGAAGCUAUAGACGACGUACCCCCCGGGAACAGUUUCCGGACAGUGAUACGUAUAUCUCCAGGGAUAUAUAGACAACCUUUAUAUAUACCAAAAAAUAAAAACUUCAUUACACUUGCAGGCUUAAUCCCUGAGACCACUCUUAUUACUUGGGAUAACACCGCCAAUAAGAUUGAUCACCAUCAGACACCACGAGUGAUCGGAACAGGACCCUUUGGGUGUGGGACUGCCAUUGUUGAAGGAGACGAUUUCAUUGGUGAAAAUAUUACAUUUGAGAACUCUGCUCCUGAGGGUUCCGGGCAAGCAGUGGCUAUCAGAGUAACUGCGGAUCGAUGUGCUUUUUAUAAUUGCAGAUUUCUUGGGUGGCAGGGUACUCUUUAUUUACAAUCAGGGAAGCAAUAUCUGAAAGAUUGCUACAUUGAAGGAAGCGUAGACUUCAUUUUUGGGAAUAGUACCGCGCUGCUGGAACAUUGUCAUAUUCAUUGCAAGUCGGCCGGUUAUAUAACUGCCCAAAGUAGAAAAUCUUGUCUGGAGACAACUGGCUAUGUUUUCUUAAGAUGCAUCAUAACAGGCAAUGGAGGUUCACCUUAUGCUUAUCUUGGACGCCCAUGGGGACCUUUCGGGAGGGUGAUUUUUGCAUAUACUUACUUGGAUUCAUGCAUCAAGUAUCAUGGUUGGAAUAAUUGGGGCAAAGUUGAAAAUGAAAGGACUGCUUGCUUUUAUGAGUACAGAUGUUUCGGGCCAGGGAGUUGCCCAGAAAGACGGGUUACGUGGGCUAGAGAACUCAUGGAGGAAGAGGCUGAACAGUUCUUGUCACAUGGUUUUAUUGACCCAAACCCGGAAAGGCCUUGGCUGUCCCAGAGAAUGGCGCUUCGGAUACCCUAUUCUGCUUAAUUAGUGCUUCACCACUUACCACCGUGUUUUUGUAACCAUGUACCCACUCUUUGAUUGUUCCAUAUGUAAGUAUUUUUGUAACGUGUAGCUUUAUCUUUGAUUGCUUGAUAAGUAGGUGAAGUUGGAAUUUUAAUACAACGUUUGUCGUGAUAUUGUUGUC